ACUAAUGUUGUCUUACGCUUGAAUGCGUUCGAAAAAAUUCUCAAAUAUCAAAUAAUCAUUUUCUGGCUUACUAAUUGGCAAUCAAACAAACUUAUUAUGGAGUACAUAUUGAAAGUAGCCGAAGAGGUGGAUCAACAAUGGGCGGAGAUGCAUCAGCAGCAGGAGGAAAACAGUCACUACAAAUCCGUUUUUACACUCAAUGGCAAAUCCAUUUUGUCACCCUUGAUGACACCUGAGCGACGGCUGGAGAUGCAACAACACCGACUGGCCGCCAUGGCCAUAGAGGAGCAGGUAGAGCGUCUGCCAAAGCUGUCAGGUGCAGACAAGAUGCAACAAUGGACGCACGUAGCAGGCGGCGGCUGCUGUCGACUUGUGGAUGCCAGCACCAACACGGAGCUGGUGCAACAGCCGCUGGCUGUCGUUGGUCGCAUCAAGCAGCAACUGCAGUUCUCGGAGACGCUGAUCUAUGACAACAAAUGCAACGCCAUUAUCAAGUUCAUCAAGCCCAUAGGGUCGCCGCUCAAGAAGUCGCCGGUGGUGCAAAUGCUGUGCGAGGAAUUCGCAGAGAUACAGCCACAGCACGCAGUGCUUAAGGAGCCCGCUCUUUUAUAUGCAACGCUUUCGGCAACCUCGCUGGAAACGGCUGAGCCUAUGUCAACGCAGGUGCCUACUACCAGGUGCAGCCCUUUGCAGCCGCAGGAGCCGUCAGCGUGCAACAUAAUUCCGAAUGCCGAACCCGAACAGAAAGAAAAUAAAAAGCCGUGUGGAUUUGAGGCCAUUCGGCAACUAUUGGACGUCGCUCAGAUGCUGAAAAAGUCAAUUGACCAGCGCGACCGCGAACUACUGCAACGUGCCAUUACGAGUCCUGCGCUGACCACGAAAGAUGAAAAGACGGCUAGCAAUGUGCCGCCCAAUAGCAGCAGUGAGCGUUGCGAGCGACUUCAUCCGCAGCUGUGGAAGCGCUACCACUCCUAUCCGCUUGGCUACAAAUUGAAGCUGAUGGAAAUGGUGGCGCCCAGUUCUCCCAAUGCAGCCGCAAGUCCGGUUACGGAUUUGCCAAGCGUUGCUUCACCGCCAAGCAGCAUGUGCAGCAACAGCAAGAUCCAGGUGAAGCAGCAACACUCAACGCCGGAGAAGCAUCGGGCCAACAAGGUGGCCAAGAACACGCCGCAGAAGCGGAUUGGAAGCAACAACAAGUCCGGCAAGCGAACACCUCGCUCCAGCGGCAAUGUCAGCUAUGCCGCGCACGCCUCCUCCCAUGCCAAUGUGCAGAUGGUGAGCAGUGACAGCAGCACGCGGAUUAGUAGCACACAGCGGCGCCUUAGCUAUGAUCCGCGUGCAACGCUCAAGCGUGAAGCGGCUUUGAAGAAAGUCGAAUCGAGCGGAAGCUGCGCCAAUCAGUCAAUACUUACGACAUCCCUGUCCAACAGCAGCGCGGGUCAUAUAGCUUCUAGCGCUGAUUGUAGCACUGCGGAGCAGAUCAAGCGCAAAGUGCUGGAGGAGAUGGAGCAGCAACAGCGGCAACGCUUCCAACAGCUGGUUGCGCAACAGGCAGAGGAGCAGCAGCGCUUACAGACGGAAUUCCUGGCACAGCAACAGCUGCUGAUGGAGCAAAUGCUCUGCGACAUUAGCACCAUUACCUAUGACAAGGAUGGGCAAUCAGAUCAUGCCAAUUCCGAGACCAGCUCGAUCAACUCUCUGCCGCAGAGUCGCCUCGACUUGGCGCUCGAUCAGCCCGAGUCUGGCCUAUGAAAUCGGAUAUAUGCAUGUAUAUGUAUACGUAUAUGUAUAUGCGUGUUAAUAAAAAUAUAAAC